AUGGUGACUGUCCGGUCUGUGGUUGCUUUGGCUGCUUCCAAAAGAUGGUUUAUAUAUCAGAUGGAUGUCCACAAUGCUUUCUUGAAUGGUGAUUUGCAUGAAGAGGUCUACAUGGACAUUCCCUGUGGUUUUGCUAGACAGGGGGAGAGGUAUUUAGUGAAGUUUGGAGGAGGAUUAAUAUCAUGGAAGUCUAAGAAGCAAGGGACUGUGUCAAGAAGCUCAGCUGAGGCAGAAUUCAGAAGCAUGGCCACAUGUGCAGCUGAAAUAACCUGGUUGAUAGGCUUAUACAAAGAGCUGGGAGUCAAUAUAACAGUACCAGUAAAAAUGCUAAUGCCGCCUAUUUUCAUCAAAGUAAACAAGAAGAUACUAUCCAAGACUUGCUUAUUGAAAACAAAUGUAGUUGGAAUGUCGUGGGAAACAAAGAUAGUGAGAGAAAAAUCCAACUAUUUCAUAUGUGAAGGAGAUUGGCCACAAUUUGUGGUGCAUCAUAAAUUGGAGCUAGGGGACAUUUUGAUCUUUUUUCUCAUCGAUAAAUCAACGUUCCAUAUCCUGCCUUACACUCAGAAAUGUUUCAAAAACUCUUGUGGCAGAGGAGUAUUUCAGGAACUAAGCAGUUCUUCGGAAGAGGAACAUGACGUUGGAAUCGCUAGAAAAUUGAAGAAAAUGAAAAUGGAGCAAAAAGAAUCGUCAGAAGAGGAAGAAGCUGAGGGUGGAAAUGAAGAAAAUGCUCCAAAGACGAGCAGAUUCAGUGUGAUCAACAUAAAGAACAAAGAUCCAUACUUUGAAAUGGUUGUAAGAAAGACACAUUCAAUUUUUAUGACCAUCCCGAAGAGCUUUGCUAUAUGGACGGGCAUAACUAAGAUGAAGAAAAUGAGACUGGUAAAUGGAGAAGGCAACGAGUGGAAAUUAGUGGACAUAGUGCAUACUCGGCAAAGGGUUUACAUGAAAAGAGGAUGGGCUGAAUUCCGAACUCUUAACAAAAUAGCCAAUGGUCAGACUUGUCGAUUCAAGUUGAUUAAGGGAAAUGGUUGUGGGAAUAACGUUUUACAGGUUCAAAAGAUCCCCAAACCCAAGUGCUUGAAAUAG